AUGACUGUGUUUGUGCAUAGGCAGGAGCAUGCCUGUGUGUGGGCGUACGGUGCUCAGAGGCUGGCGGACGCAGGAGGCAGGAGGGAUUCUCGCCAUGUUAGCAUCACUGUCAGAAAUAGCCGAGCUGCAGCCAGUGCCCUGCUUCCACCAAAUCCCUCAUGCUAUUUACUGUAUAACGCACUAGCAGUCAUAUAUGGUCAGCACAACUACCUGUGCGCUGGCAGAAAUGACUGCAUCAUUGAUAAGAUCCGAAGGAAAAACUGCCCAGCCUGUCGGGUACGGAAGUGUCUUCAGGCUGGGAUGAACCUGGGAGCACGGAAGUCUAAAAAGUUAAAACUGAAGGGAGUUAACGAGGACCUGCAGAGCUCCAAAGAUGCCCAGAUUGCCACAGGUGGCGUUGGGGGCGGCUACCUGUCCUCGGAGAAGGAGCUGAGUGCCAGCGCUGCCAAUGCCCUGGUGCCCCACGGGCCUGGGGUGCUCACACCUUUUCUGCCACCCUCCAUCUGCAGCGUGCUGGAGCUGAUCGAGCCCGAAGAGGUGUACUCUGGCUAUGACAACUCACAGCCAGACACAACUGACCACCUGCUGUCCAGUCUCAACCGCCUGGCUGGAAAGCAGAUGGUACGCAUGGUGAAGUGGGCCAAAGUACUUCCAGGUUUCCGGGGCCUGCCCAUUGAGGACCAAAUCACCCUGAUCCAGUACUCAUGGAUGUGUCUGUCCUCCUUCUGCCUCAGUUGGCGCUCCUACAAACACACCAAUGGUCAGAUGCUCUACUUUGCCCCGGAUCUCAUCUUCAACGAGGAGCGCAUGCGGCAGUCGGCCAUGUAUGACUUGUGUCUCGGCAUGAGGCAAGUUAGCCAGGAGUUUGUUCGGCUGCAGCUAACCUACGACGAGUUUCUCUCAAUGAAGGUGCUUCUGCUUCUCAGCACAGUUCCCAAAGAGGGUCUGAAGAACCAGGCUGCAUUCGAGGAGAUGAGGGUUAAUUACAUCAAGGAGCUGCGACGUUCAGUGGGAAAGGCGACCAACAACUCCGGCCAAACCUGGCAGCGCUUCUUCCAGCUCACCAAGCUGCUGGACGCCAUGCAUGAUCUCGUUGGGAACUUGCUGGACUUCUGCUUCUACACCUUUCGUGAGUCGCAGGCCCUGAAGGUGGAGUUCCCCGAAAUGUUGGUUGAGAUCAUCAGUGACCAGAUACCAAAGGUGGAGUCAGGCCUUACUCACACUAUCUACUUCCACAAGAAGUGACUCGCUGCAAAGCCGGAACAGGAGUGGCAUUAAGAACCGGGAAAAAAAGAGGAAAACGAGGUUCAGGGAAGGGAACAUGUGCUAGAAAGGCCUGAUGUGUCGGCCCCUCACCCUGCCGCCCCCUGAGCCGGCGUCCUCGCCUCGGAUCGCUGUCGAGCGGAGUGGUGAGGAGAAGGAUUUGACCCUGCAGUCACCAUAAGCAUCUUAGAGCUGUGAAUAGUUUGAGACAUCGAGCACGACAUGACAAGAUUGACUUUUGACAAACCUGACGAAAACAUCCUGAUGUACACCCAUGCAACCCUGCCCCAAAGAUGAAAACAGUAUUCUGUGGAGAUAAAGCCAUAAAUCACCUAGAAUAUAUUCACACAGGAGUAGAUGGAAAAUUAACACACUUACAUGCCUUCCCGUAAAUGCCCUCCACCUGCACUAUAUUGAGAUUCCCUUACAAAUCCACUGAUUUUUUUUUUUUUAAUUGCAAUUAAAUCUAGCUUAUGCAGUCUUAAAAAGAAUAAUCACACUUGGAAAUAUCCUGCUUAGACUAGUAAAUUAGCUUUGCGUGUAGCAGCAAAGGACUUCAUGUGGAGGCUGCAGGUCUCUGUGAAGGUAACCCAAGGGCUAUACAGGUAUCAUCAUAAGCUAAACGACGACAUCAAAUCUAACAAGUCCAAGUUCGGUUCACAAGUCUGCAUCGUGACGGCCAUUAAUGACAUCGACACACACACACAAGUUUAAAUACGUGUAGUGAAACAAUCAAGACUCUUAUGCAAAAGUCCAAAGCUUGAGCUGUUUUGAAAUGAAUAUAUCUCUCAAGUGUGAAGAAAGCUUGCACAUGAAACUCCCGUGACUAUUUCAGAGACAUUGUGUUAUAUAUUGAUGCAACACGUUACCUUUUCUGCAAAAAAAUAAAAAAAAAGUUAAAAAAAAUGUUGCAGGAUGAAAUAAUGCAUUUACAGAAACAAUUUCAGUAAGAGUCGACUGAUAAUGGAUUUGACUGAGGUGAAUCUAUAGUAAUAGCUGUCAUUUGUGUUAUCUCCAGAGCAGCUGUCCAAAUGUCUGUUUUUACCCGCAAUGAAGCUAAACCAGCCCUUUGUGAACCAACACUUAUCUACUCUUCCCAGAGACAAUAAAAAGCAUUUUAUAGAAGGGUUCGUUUUUUUUGACAAGCCGGUCAUUUUACAUUAAGGUGCUUCAUUUCUACAAAGCGAGGCAAGACGUAACAUGUACAGUAACAAACAGACAGCCCAGACACUACAAUAUAUAUGGACUCAAAGUCUGAACACACAUACUCUGUAAAGUUUAUAGUAUCCAACGUGGAGCAUUACUCUGCUUACAGCUAACACAUCAAUACCGAGCGAGUUUGUACAGGUAUUAACACCGUUCUCCUCAGUUGAUGUACAGAAGAUGUUUUAAGGUACGUGUUGAUGAAGAACAGAUUAUUCUGCUGAAAUGGUCAGUUUUCCCAAUGUAGAUUCCACUUUUUUUCCUCCUAUAUUUGGGCCAAGUUGUAUUACUUUCACUACGGUCUUCUGGACCAUUUAAUAGUCUCACACCCCACUGGUUUCUGGACGGUUGUGAAAAACUACAAUGAUGCUACUGAAAAGCGACAGAGAAGAUAACAAGUGUGUGGGGAGGCGUGAUUCUUAUCCAGUUAUUGUGCCCUGUAAGUGUGUAUUUACAUGUGUGUAUGAAGUUUGUGUGCAGUUUUUUUUUUUUUUUUAUCUCUCUCUCGGAAAGCAUGUGAAUAGUUUAUCUGCUCUUUCAGUGUGGGUUAUUAUGCACAUGUCAUAGAUUUUAGCCACAUCCUGUUUCCACAUUUAGAUUUGCACAGAGGAGGAACAAUGUGAAAUGAGGCAUUAGCGCAGCUAGCAGGGAUUGUUUGCUUCUUUAAGCGACUCUGAUAACAGAGGGAGGAAUUUCUGCAUGGUCACCCAGCCUAAAGUCAGACAGCAUAAUAUUAGCCACCUAGCCUGGUGCUGGUGUGCUACAUUAGAGCACCAGCACCUCUCAAAGCCGGCCCAAGGCUUAAGCAAACUAAGCAGCCCCCAACAUCAGUGACUUAAUUCACUAACGGGACGCACCGUUAGUGAAAACUCAGCUGAGUUUUAACUUGACAGGACAUAAUCAGGAAACUAAAACAACAGAUCAUUUUUGGGUCAGCAAACAUGCUGUGGAACCAAAAUUAGUAAAUUGUAGUAGUCUAAAGAAGCACAAUGGGCCUUUUAAAUGUUUGGAAAUGAUUUGGGUAUCUCUCAAAAGACUAGAAACAUUGUCAAAUGAGUAUACUUUAAAAAAAAAAAUCUUUCUUUUUGAUGCUCCAUGUCUUUUGAGGUUGGAAGGCAGCUUUGCCAUCACCCUAAUCUCUAGCUCCCUCCUCUAUCAGAUUCAUGUUUGGACUUUGGCUGGGCCACUUCAAAAUGUUUCUUAUGCUUCAGUUAGAAAAAAUAUAGGUAUCAUUGAAAUGUUUCACUUUAAAGGUAUGAAUGUCAAUAAUGUUAGGCAUAAUUCUAAUUUAAAUGAGUAAUUUAAACAGAUAACAGAAAGACUGACUGUUGUAGCCAAGUUGCUCUGAUUUAUUAUCCUUUGUAGCUUUCAGCCUCUAUCAUGGAACAUGGUGUGUUUUGGAAAUGUUGGCUUUUGAAAAAGUCCACAUUUUAUCGAAUACACAUGGAAGCUGUUGCUACAAAGCAAACUGAUAAUCGUACAGUUAGGAGGCUAAAAUUAAAUCUGUAUCUUAAAAAUCCGUUUUAGGGCAACUCCCCUCUCAACUACUGAGGUGGUUCCUUUGCUCUUAAGGUAAAUAAUGAAUGAGUGCUGAUUAAAUUUAUCCAAGAGAAAUUAAAAUCAGCUAAAAUUGUAUCUGGAGGGUCAGAGCUUCACAAAAAUAUGAAAUUGGCCACAAAAAUCUGAUGGGUGCAUCUCUACUUGAACUAAAAAUGUUAAUUCUAAUUUAUUUUGACAUAUGAAUAUGUUAUAUCAAAAUAACAAACUUUGAUACUUUUGAAGAGUAUGACUGAAGUCACCAUAGUUCAGUCAUUUCUCCUGCUUGUGUCUGUGAGAAUCCCCUUUCAUCAACACUGUAGCUGUAAAUAAAUAAAUAACGAUGAACCUUCACUAAAUGCAGGAUUCUGGCUGCCUAACCAAAUGAAGAUGUCAGACAAAUUAAUUUGGGGCCCCAAAUUAAAUUCUGCUUCUGGCCCCAUAUAAUCUUGGGUCGGGUCUGGAACCGUUCCACCAGACUUUUCGCUCUCUUCUGAGUUGAAGUUCAUUUUCAUGCAAACAGAAGCCAGAAUUAAUUUGUCUUUGGAGGUGUAGGAAAUAUAGUUUUAAUGACGGGGAUCAGAAAAGGGAGAGGGUUGUGUAUUUUAUUUCUUAUUAUUGUCAAAUUGGGAGAUCAGAGGUGGAUGUGUCAAAUUUUGUCAUCCUGAUGGAUUUUUUUCUCCAUAAAUUAUGAGAAAAAAUAUAUUGGGUAAGAAUGUGGGGCCAACUUCUCUUUCAUUAUACUCUACAGAAAUAUUAUUUCAAUGUUUUUUUUUCUCCACUGCAAUAAUUUUCAGCACCUGUCCAGAAAGGCUUCAUUUAAUUCUUUAUUUCCCCCUUUUUGUUGUCCUUUUUAAAGAAUAAAAAAUGUCUAACAGUUCAUAGAAUGAAUGGGAAAGUAUUUUUGAGAGAAUUAUAUUUUGCAGGAAAACAAUAUUUAAGUACUUUGUCUAAAAAUGAUAUCCUUUUUGUAAAACAAAAUCUUAUUGCAUGCUUUUUGAUGAGAUGUUUACAUGUACUUAAAAAAAGGGAAACUUGUGCCUUUUUAUCUCACCUGAUUUACAGUUUUACAGUAUAUAUUGUAAAUAAUAAGGCAAGUCUUUAUGUUGAGUGUAGUAUAAAACAUUUCUACUUUAACCAUCUUGUUAAACAGUUGAAAAAAAUAUGUUUCCCACUUGCCAUGUUCUGUUUGUUGGCUCGCAGAGUAAGGGUUGGCACAGUGAAAUGAAUGUAUCAUAUAUUGUGAGAGACUUAUGGAGCAUACUACCUGAAUGUUAGAGAGAGUACAUUUAUUAUCUACUCACUGAGGACAUUUUUUAUUUUGCUUUUUUUUAUUUUCUUCAUUAUUGUUUCCUUAAACAAAUAAAAAAAAUCAAAAGCACUUUUUUAAAACUUUUGUAACAAGCUGUAUUAAGAAAGGGAUCCUCUUUCCUGUUGAGGGGAUAUCGUAACCAUGGUGACAAAGUUGACAAGCACUAUAAUAAUAAAAACCAAGGAGUCACAUACUGUUGGAACUGGGACAUGUUAAAGGAAGGUAGAUCCAGGAUGUUGAAUCUUCUGCAACCUCUCCAAGUGAGACUGGAUGUCUCAUUAUGAGCUCUGAGUAAAAAACAACUAUUAUAUGAAUGUUUCCAGUUAUAAAAUAAAUUUUAUGUUUGGUACCAUUGUGUUCACAAAACUAUAUUCACACUGUAAAUUAGGCUACUUGAAACCGUGAAAGGGAAAACUGAUUUUUUUUUUUAAUGUGGUGUUCUGUGGAGUUAUAGUUAGUAUCUACCUGCAGCAGAAAGUAAUCUGAAUAAUCUUUGAUGGGAGAAACCUAAGCUAAUUUCUUAAGUAAAGACAAUCUGAAAGUGGAUUGAAAAACAUUUUUUAAGGAACAUAUAGAUUUCAAAUGACCAUGUAAUGUUUUCAAGAAACAACUUUUCACUGACUGAGUGAUGGAUGCUUCACAAAAUGAGAUUUGAACAUAACCAGUUCUUUUAAAGACAGGCAGGUAGUGUCUAACUUUAAAAAACACUUAAAGAAGAUGUCAUCCAAUUUGAACCAAAUAUUGUUCAUGUUUAUAUGAAUACAGUAAAAUUAAUUUUGCCAUAAUUUCAUUGAAAUUUAAAAAUACAAUGCAAAGCAAAAUUAUAAAACAACCAUUAAAAUGUCAAAUACAAUAAUGUGAAGCGAUUCAUUUUUAUAUCUGGCUUUUAUUAAGCCACAUUUAUUUGAAGCUGCAAAGCAUGGCAAACAUAACUUCAAACUAUUUCACUCUGCUGGGUAAAACACAGAAUCUCAAGUUCCUGUGUGACAUAAUUCCCAGAUAUUCUUGCAUUGCUUUGGUGUAGAGUACUUUAGAAAUCAUUUCAUUUAUAUGUUUUGCAUCAAACAUGGAUGCUGAGAUGUCAAACUAUGUAAUUGAAUAACAGGUAAAAAGUUUUGAUUGCUCCUGACUGUUUUCUAAAUUUGUUUACCCCAAACUGUGAAAACUAGACAGUUGUGGUUCAAUACAAAUACUUGAACAUCUCAGAGUAAACAACCAUUUUAAAGCACAAAGACUGGAGCAGAAAUUCAGUCUGGACUAGCCAUUAGCAGGACUCUUUCAUGGGAACUUCUGUUUCCCCAAACUGAGAUCAUUCUGAAAGCUUUCAGCAGGUAACAUACUGACUAAUGACAAAUCCACAAAAUCCACACUUCAGAUUUUUCCCAAACUAUUUCUUUAAAUUUUUUACUGCCAAACUAUGAGCUACAAGCAGUAGGGGGAUUAAAGUGUGACAGCAAAGAAUUGAACCGGGAACAUGGGAAGUGUUAGAAAUAAGUGAGCAUAUAAAUCUGUCUGUGCUCAAGUUGCAUUGUUAGUAAUUCAAUAUUUCCAACUGUCACUUUAACAAAGUGAGAGAAAAGAAAAUCUUCUGCAAGUAAGUGCAAUUCUCUGUCAGCAGACGGACCUGUGAGCUGUAUUGACACUCUCAUCCAACUUCCAGCAAAAAGUAAACAAGAAUAUUCACAACUGUCAAACUAGUUCCAAGAGAGGGAAGCUGAUUAAUGUACAGUUUAUUUUUUGGUCAUCAGUCAUUACCUACUGCCAGCUAUAAAACUUUCCCAAAACUCCAGGGAGCUGCAUUGUCUUCUGAACAGUCCUCUUCUAAAUUCACUCCUUUUUUGGCUUGUUUGUCUCACGAUUAGUCUAACUGCUGUUCCUGACACUAUUGCGUCAUUGUGUGUAUGGAGUCAUGUCAUUGCCAUUUUUCAGAGUUGUGAAUCGGGUGUAGACAGUCUAAGCCAUAUCUCCACGGCCAUGGCAGUGCAUUAUUUAUUAAUAAAUAUAUAAAUAUAUAUAUAAAAAUAUACAGAAAUGCUUUUUUCCAGAUCCAAAAAUACCUUUUUACUCAGUACAAGUUUUCUUAGCAAACAUACAGUGAACCUCCUUCACCAAACCUCCUUCAGCAUUUUUUGAAACCAGAUACUACUGUAUAUCUUAAUGCAGAUAUUGCCAUACUUGUGUUUGCAGAAAUAUUGCAAGAUUCUAAUAAAACCAUUACACUGAC